CCCAGCGUUUAGGGCUUCGAUCAAGAGCCUAAUUCGCGGCUGCUUCAGGAACUGGAGAGAGGCUUCCUUUGAGCCGGGACUGGAGGUGGGGGGCGCAAGCGGGGCGGCGGAGGGCACGGCUCUUGCGAGGAUUACGGCGGAGGCUGUGGACCGCGGCGCCGCGGCUCAGAGGCUGCAGCCAUUGCACAGCCGAGCAUCCCACAUUCAACAGGAGGAGCCGGCCGGAGAGGAUCCCGAGACCCCGCGCCCCGCGCCCCGGUGCGCCAUGGCCAAGGAAGGCGUGGAGAAGGCAGAAGAGACCGAGCAAAUGAUUGAGAAGGAGCCGAGCAGGGAGCCGGCCGAGGGCGGCGGAGACGGCUCGCACCGCCUCGGGGAUACCCAAGAGAUGCGCGCGGUGGUGCUGGCUGGCUUCGGGGGGCUCAGCAAGCUGCGGCUCACCAGGAAGGCCAUGCCCGAGCCGCAGGACGGCGAGCUCAAGAUCCGCGUCAAAGCCUGUGGUUUAAACUUCAUUGACUUGAUGGUUCGACAGGGGAAUAUUGACAACCCCCCCAAGACUCCUCUGGUGCCGGGAUUUGAGUGUUCUGGGAUUGUGGAAGCUCUGGGAGACAGCGUGAAGGGAUACGAGAUUGGGGACCGUGUUAUGGCAUUUGUCAAUUACAACGCCUGGGCAGAGGUGGUCUGCACACCAGUGGAGUUUGUCUACAAGAUCCCAGAUGACAUGAGCUUCUCCGAGGCUGCUGCAUUCCCCAUGAACUUCGUCACAGCCUACAUGAUGCUCUUUGAGGUUGCCAACCUCCGGGAAGGAAUGUCUGUGCUUGUACACUCAGCUGGUGGUGGCGUGGGCCAAGCUGUGGCUCAGCUGUGUUCCACUGUCCCCAACGUGACUGUCUUCGGAACAGCUUCUACUUUCAAGCACGAAGCUAUCAAAGACUCCGUGACCCACCUCUUUGACAGAAAUGCAGAUUACGUGCAAGAAGUGAAAAGAAUCUCUGCUGAAGGCGUGGACAUCGUUUUGGACUGUCUCUGUGGGGACAACACUGGCAAAGGGCUCAGUCUUCUCAAACCCCUGGGAACUUACAUUUUGUAUGGCUCUUCCAACAUGGUGACUGGGGAAACCAAGAGCUUCUUUAGCUUUGCAAAAUCAUGGUGGCAGGUGGAGAAAGUGAACCCCAUCAAGCUGUACGAAGAGAACAAAGUCAUCGCCGGCUUCUCCCUUUUAAAUCUGCUCUUCAAACAGGGCCGGGCAGGCCUCAUCCGAGGAGUGGUAGACAAACUCCUGGGCCUCUACACCCAGAAGAAGAUCAAGCCUGUGGUGGACUCCUUAUGGGCUUUGGAGGAGGUGAAGGAGGCCAUGCAACGGAUCCAUGACAGAGGGAACAUUGGCAAGUUAAUUCUGGAUGUAGAAAAGACCCCAACGCCCCUGAUGGCCAACGACAGCACGGAGACCAGUGAGGCAGGGGAGGAAGAGGAGGACCAUGAGGGGGAUGGCGAGAACAAGGAGAGGAUGCCUUUCAUCCAGUAACAGGACCCAGGCGGGAGAACAUGACGGAUGGUUUGAAGAGGAGGACCCGGCUGAGAAAACUCUUCUGUGCCCCAGUGAACAAAUGCUGUAGUCCAGUGCGUGUUGUGUUUGUCAGCCGAGCUACAAAGCUGUCGGUCACUGUUGUUUUUUGAAAUUAAGUGCCAAUCCCAUUCCACGCGGUUAUUAUGUCCCACCCCCAUCUGUGUAUUACCCUCUCCCUCACCCCUGUACCAAAACCACUCAUCUGUGGGUCCCUCGCAAAAGUUCUAGAACAGCCUUGCAAAUUAAUACAAGCCCAGAAGCAGAAUGCCUGAGAGACCAGAUGUGGGCAAAGAUGAGGAUUGAAAGGUGUGAUCACAGAGCACCGUCCAGGUCCUAGAAUUCUUCAGGCCAGUGACACUUUUGGGGCCAGCCACCAGGCCUCGGAUGAGAGCACUUGCCAAUUUGGCUGGCAGAAAAAGGGUAGGCCGGGAGAUGUUUUCAUGAGCCCAUAAAUUUAGAAGCUCUCCAAAUAGUACUUUUUCUCUCUUGGUUUAAGAGGCAACUAUAGUCAAAAGGUUUGGGCCACCCCCCUUUGUACCCCUCUGGUGUUUGGCCCUUACACUGGUUCUUAUCUGUAAAUGCAAUGAGGUGGGUGUGGCGCUUUCAGGAUAGAAAAUCAAUCAACCGCAUGAGUUUGAGGACCAGCCACAAAGAUUCUCCCCACAGCCACAUCUCAUGAGCUGAAUCCUCCCCCUUCCCAUAUUUAUUUUAAUUUUAAGAAGACUUACCACAUCUAGGACUAAUUCAGGAGUCAUUACUGAGAUUCACUCAUGUUUACACACACUUGUCAUCAGCAUUACCUAUUUUGUUAUUUUCAAUUCCUGGUAGUAAGCGGCAGCCCCCUUUACUGUGGACCCCUCGGAAAGGAAGAAGCCCCUUGCAGACCAUAUUUAGAAAUGAAAAAUCAAUGAGUAUCUUUUCUCUUGCCAAAGCACGUUCCAACAUGUAACAAACUCUAGCGAUAACAGAAGCCUGAUGUUCAUCACCCAACGUGCAGCUUCUCCCCUCUGGUAUACAGAACCAUGGUGCAUACUCUCCAGGGCCCCUGCUCUUUGGAAACCAAGAAUCAAGCUACUGGCUUACAUAGCUUAUUCAAUUUUCAAGCUCCUAAGCUCCUACAAACCCCAUUCCCACCCUCAUGCCAUUUGACUGCGCUUGAGAGGUGAACCCUUGAGGAAGAGAAAGAAUGUCAGGGUCUUUUGAUGAGAUUCCUCAUUCCCUCCUUUGGGCCAAAAGGGUUUACUCCAUCCUUCACAAACCACAGUGGAAACACAAGAAGCCCACACCACCGGCACUCUGACUUCCUUUGUGUUCUGGGAAACCUUGGAGGAUUCCUGCAUUGCCCAUUUUCCCCACCAACAAGCCUUAGGGUGGACCCAACUCUUCCCCCAGGUGGUGGGCAAGAAGGCAUCUCAGCAAAUGCCUGUGUCAUUAUUCCCAAAGUCCCUUUGUAAGAAACGUCACCUCAUGCUUCCUGUUCCUUUUUAUCCUAUCCUAAGCUUGUGAUGAUGACAUAUUUAUGCCAAAUAUUUAUGUGAAGGGAGUUUCUCCUCAUUGUA